UCAGUAGUUAUAAAGAAUUAUGUAGUUACAUAAUAAAGUUUGCAGGAAUAAUACUAUAAUGUAUUUGCAAUUUUUUCGACAUUGUGUUUUAUUAAUUCGGGUGUUUUAUUCGUAACUCAAAAUAAAUAGUUUAAAAUAACGAAUUGUAGAAUUGUUUAUCACUAGGGCUCGGAAGUUGUAGGAAUCGCAUAUUUUUCUGUAUGAUCACAAUUUAUAGCAGACGUAGCUAGAAAUUUGAAGUAUACAAUCGCGAGUUGAAAAAUUGAAAAUUGAAAACGCAUAUUUUGCAUAUUUUACCAAUUUUAGCUAAAAAAGUACAUAUUUCAUUGAUUUUAUAUGUAUACAAAUAUAUUUUUUGAGUUUUUGUAUAAACAAAAUUAUUAAAUUCAUCGCUCCGGUCAGAAUCUAAUUUAAGCUGUAAUAAAACAAUAUACAUAAUGUCAUAUUAGGUAUUUGGAAAUACAAUAGAGUAAAACUUUGAAGAACGCACAAAAUUUCAUUACCAGGCCUGCCCUCAGAUCUUACAUGAUAUGUCUGCACACGAAUACACUCGGAACCAUUCCUCUAUUAACCGACUACUGUUCUCAAUUAUAUUAUUGACUUCAAUCGUGGCAAUUAUCACGGACAAUGUAAAUUUAAUGAAUGGUUACAAGGUUUCCACCAGUUUCCUAAAUGGAUCAAGUCGAAAACUAAACUGCUCGAUUUAUAAGUCAUGCACACAAUGUACUGGUGCAACACAUGGUUGCAGUUGGCUGAUCGAAAAACAAAUUUGUCUCGACACAAUACAAAGUCUAUCAGGAAAUUUCACAGUCUAUACAAAAGAUUUAUGCCCAGAGUUUGCUGUGACGUAUAAUAAUAAUCAUUUAGUACAAGUUACAGUCUCCAAUAUCGCGGAAAAAACUAUUAAAAAUUUUUUUAAUGUAAGUCCAAUUAAUAUUAGUUGUGAAAUAGAAAAUCUAACUUAUAACGCUUCAAUUGAUAAUGGAGUAAUUACUUGUAAUUGGGUACACAAAGAAACUAUACCUACCGAAGAACGAAGAACAACUAAAACCAAUCCUUUGUUUAUUUUUUAUUUUUCAAUCGUUGUCAACAACGUACGAUUACAAUUCAACGAUCCACGAGACCAUUACAUCAGUUAUCACGGUUGGACUUGCCCGAAAGAAAAUUGUACAAUCAGGUUUUGGGAAAGCGAUUCGAAAAAAUAUUACUGUAAAUGGUGUUUAAAAAACGAUGGUUGCAAGAUAACAGCCGAACAACUGAACAGUUGCGACAUACGGAACAUGACUAACAACGAGAAAUUAAAGAACGGCACACCGUUGUCCACGAUCGAAAUGAAAUAUCUUGACGUGGCGAUUGAGUCUUUCGAACCAAAUGUGUCGCUGUUCUAUCGCAAUACACCGACAACCGUGAACAUAACCGUCAGGGACCUGCACUGGAUUUUGGCCAAUGGCCGGAUAAUGACAGUGACAAUUGUCGGUCAGAGUUGUAAUGACCCUACCACGUCCGACGGUCACACGGUUAAUUGCAUUAUCAGAUCCGAUAAUGUGGUGAGCGAGGGUCCGGUGGUAAUCGAGUACUCGUGGAUGGCGAGCGUGGAGAGGCUGGAGUCAGCGCAAAAGUUCAGGUUCGUUGAACCGAAGUUUACGGGCGUGAGCCCGAGCUGUGGACCCGCCACGGGUGGAACCCGGAUAAAACUGACUGGCGAGUAUCUGAAUGUCACGACUGAUGUCCAGGUGUUCUUCAGAAAUAUAAAGACGAAAGUUAUGUGCGAUAUCGUUGAACUCGCGCACGACCACAUCAUUUGCGAAAUCAGUGCCAACCCCUCCGACAAACACAAGUCCGGUCCUUUGCAAAUCGUGUUCGAAAAUUCUAUUGGCAAGUACUACAAAAAAAAAAAUGUUCACAUACGUCAACGAGCCAACCGUUCUGGGUUGUCAAGUAUUGGAGGGCGUCAAAGUGUAGUUGGUAUCCUUAUAUAUGCAGAAACAACUAGUUAGGCAAAAAAUGCUACAGUUAUCUGCAGAACACGAAAAUAAAUUUAAAAAUGUGACAGAAAAGCAAGCAUUAAAACUUGAUAUUUAAAGACUUGAAUUAGAAAUUUAAAAAAAAACCAAUUUUAAAAAUUCUUCUUUUAAAUACUUUUUCAAAAAGUCUAUAACUGUCAAUAAUAAUCAAUAAUUCACACUAAAAUUUAAAUCCUUAAAAAUAUAAUAAUAUAAUU